CAAACAGCCAAAGAGCUAUAUAACUUACGUCAUUCUCGUGCUAGAAAUGUAGUACAGAGAACCUUUGGGUUGUGGAAGAAGAAGUGGGAUUCGAAUCAUCAAUGCUUGUUGUGUGCUACCCAACUUUGCGAGGGAUAGACAAUAUAUGAUGGAUGACUUACUGCUCGAGGAAGUGGACAAUGAACUAGAUGAUCAACCAAUUGAGCCUGAUGAUGCUAACGCAAUCACAAGUGUUCAGGUCACUAAUGAAUAUACCAACUUUAGGAAUCAAUUAUCUAAUGACAUGUUUGCUGAAUAUCUUGUUGCGCAUGCAGAUUUACAUCUGUAUGAUGACAUGUGGUUUAGUUAGAUGGUGUCUUCUAUUUUGUUCUAGCUAGAUGACGAUUUAGCGGGAUGACAUGGUCCCUUGUGUGCAUAGCUUGUUGAUGGUGACUUUUGGAUAUUUUUUAUAUUAUCAUCAUCAUGUGAAAGAAACUAAUAUAUGUUCUCAUGUGUAUGCCAAUUUUUAUUCAAUUAUUUACUUGUAGCACAACGGUUGAAGAAACAAAGAACAAGUCUAGUAGGAAUUAGUUGACAUAGACAGAUGAGAUGGAUAAAACAUUGUUGGAUGUUCUUGUUGAUCAUCUCAAUAAAGGUGAUCAUGCCCAAAAUGGAGGGAAGCCACAUGUCUACAAUGCUGCUAUAAAAGCAAUACGUGAUAAGUGUGGACUCGACAUCACAAAGGAGAAAAUAUGUUCAAGGAUGAAGACUUUUGAUAAGCAUUAUGAAGUAAUUACCAAGAUUCUUUCUCAGAGUGGAUUUGAUUGGGAUUGGGUCAAUAAUAAGCUACUCAUGGAUAGUGAUGAUGUGUGGGACAAAUAUGUGAAGGCUAAUGACAAAGUAUCUUGUUACAAGAACAAGGAAGUGAAGAAUUGUGAGGCAAUAUGCACGAUAUACUCGGAAGAUCAUGCAACCAGUGAAGGUGCAAUGACUGGUACCGAAGCCUCACCAAAAUUUCCCCCCAAAAGGAUGCGAACACGUGAAGCUAUCUUGUGCAUGCUUGGAGACAUGAAAGGUACUUUUCGAGAUGCAAUGAAGUCACUUGAGCCACUAGAACUGUCCAAGGUUACUCCUCCUCUUGAAAUCCUUGCCGCACUUAAAGUGAUACCGGAUUUUGGUCGUCAAGUCAUGCCACAAGCAUAUGGUAAACUCAUCCUUAGUGAACGCUUAUUCCAAGCGCUUAUCUAGUUGCCCAUUGACUUUAGAAAGGAAUGGUUGUUUAUGUUGAACGAGAAGAAUGGUGUUUGAUUGCUUCCAAGUGCUGGAAGUUUCCCUUUAGCAUUUGGGAUUCAAUGUUGCCUUUGUUUGCUUCAUGUAAUGGCUAUGAACUUAUGGUACUAAUUAUUAGUAUGUUAUUGUGAUGAUGGAAAACAAAUG